AUGGCACAAUCCUAUAUCAGGAUUGCAGUUUCAUUGAAAAAAAAGAGGUUUUCGGUAAACAAUAUCAAUAAUCUUUUUGGAGAAAUGAAUCACCAACGCCAAGGAGAAUUAUCCCUCUCUCAGACAAACAUGCCUCUUAUUAGUAACAGCAAGAUUAAUCAAAUUCACUUCUACGGUACUUUUCCCCCACAGAGAAAUUUAAUUCAUAACAGCGAAAUUCAGCAAAUUUAUUUCCAUCCAAGCAUGUCUUCUCUUCCAGACGUGCUAUCACAAACAUCAACGUUUAAUGAAUCAGCCGCUCCUUCCCAAGAAGGUCACAAAAUUCAGACAUUAUCAAUUCGGCAGAGCCUGUUGUUUCAAGCCAGCCUUCAUCCGAGACUAAUGAAAAUUCAACGAUUGAAGAUUCCCAAAUUACACUUACUGAACAAUAUGCAAGAGGACUUGCUUCGCGAAUGUUUGACUGAAAAACUUUUUGGAAAAUUGAUAAAUUAA